ACAUGGAGACUAAAGGAGAGUGGCAGCUGAUCGACAUAACCGCCAGAAAAUCUGUCAACUCAUCAUACUUUAACAUGGACGGAUUGGACAGUUGGGAUGAAAUCAUUUACCAAAUCGUCCUGAAGCGCAGACCAACUCUGUAUGUGGUGAACCUGCUGAUCCCCAGCUACUGCCUGAUUACCGUAGAUCUGUUCAGCUUCCUCCUGCCUCCUCAGAAAAUGGAUCGCUCUGCCUUUAAAAUGACCUUGAUCUUAGGCUACACCGUCUUCCUCCUCCUCAUGAACGAUCUGCUUCCGGUUACAGGAGACACCAUCCCUCUUAUAAAUGUGUUUUUCUCUCUGUGUUUAGCGCUGAUGGUGGCCAGUCUAUUGGAGACAAUUGCCGUUACUAAUAUUCUCUGUGGCUCGAGUGAUUAUCCCCCUCUACCAAACUGGGUUAAAGUAUUGUUCCUGCAUUACCUGGCUCGACUGGUUUGCUUGCGCAAGAAAGUCUCUGACCAGAAUUCAGACCCUCAAAGUGAGUCUCGUAACAGCUAAAAAGUUUUCUGCGUACAAAAUUAACCCUCUUGGACAACUAACAGUAUAUAACCUAUUCUUCUCUGUGUAAAAAUAUA